GUGAAUUAGAUAAAGCCACAGUUACAAGAGCGUUUAAUGAACAACUCGAAUGGUUAAUAGAAAACGGGGUCGAAAGUGAACGGGAAAAGGCAAAAUAUUUAAAGAAACAAUUCCAGAUAAACCAUUAUAAUGGCUACAGGGACCCGUGGGACUACGUCUCCUGCACGGGUACUCCUGCUAUAGGGACCCGUCGGACUACGUCUCCUGCACGGGUACUCCUACUACAGACCAUUAUAAUGGUUGUAGGGACCCGUGGGACUACGUCUCCUGCUACAGACCAUUAUAAUGGCUGGACCCGUGGGACUACGUCUCCUGCACGGCACUCCUGCUACAAUCCCGCAACUACAUUGCAAUUAU